AUGGGUGGUAUGGCCGUCAAAUAUUACGCAAGCUGCGGAACCUUUAUGGUACUAUUGAUGUGGUCGUUGCUUCUAUUAUCAGUGGGACACCAGUUGCUGAAUUAUAAUGCUAACCGGGUUGCCGCAAAUCGUUACGCCGCUUAUGUUUUCGACACCACUGACGCUAAAAUGAUCAUUUGUGAAUUUCCAGGCGGUCCCCAAGCUUCAUCUACUGAUAAAACGGUUUUUGCCACUCAUUUGCGUGAUGAUGUCUCUACUGGUGGCUCAGGAUCAGCAGUGCUAGUCUCUGUUUCACUGCCAGCUUUGGCUAGCUCAUCUGAUCCAGCUGAUGUCUCUGCUGCUGUGGUGUUUCUGCUUGCCCCCAAGGAUAAUCAGUCACUCCUUGCUUGGUCCAUCAAAAACACUAGCAAACUCAUGAUGAACUACAAACGUGCAUUGGCGGAAAAGAAUGCAGCUUCAAGAAUAUAUGAAUGUUUUGUUUCUCCAUCUGAUGUUUCAUUAAGUUCAGCAAGUUUGCAAGGAAUUGUUGGCUAUACCGUUGAAACAGUUUCAAAAUAUAUUGGCAAACUCCGUGACACUUCUGGUGCUGGUGAGUCAUGGUAUCAGUCAAGUAACACCAAAAAUGCGACUAAAAUUGUUAAUAAGUCGUCUGCAGCACAAACCACCGCCGCUCUGGGUAUUCAUCAUGUUGGUGAUGCCGAGCGAAAGCCCGUCGAUGCUGUCCUUGACAGUGGUCACCAUGUUUCCAUUGUUAAUCUUCAUUCCAAAUACUUUGUUGUUGCUCGAAAUGCCACACCAUCAUUAGCUGCUACCUGGUAG